UCUAGAAAGGACUACACUGCUCUCCACUACCGUUCUGCUGAGAAAGACAUAUAUAUGACCACAGUCUACAAAAUAACGCUGUCCAGACGUCAGAGGGAGGGCUAGAAGGAGAAAGUGCUGAUGCUGUUCCUGCCCAACUAUCUCCAGUGAGAAAGUUGUGCUGCACAGGAAGCAGUUACAUUUAUGCAGGCUCAGGGAGAAAGCCUCGACUCCUGAUGUACCUGGAGAGCUAUGUGAUCAAGGAGCUGCAUACUAUCAACCCAGAUGAACCUAAAUAUCAGCAACUGAGGCUACAGGUCUACCGUGAUGUCUUUGCUUGUUUCAUCAAAGAGUUCAAAACCUACCAACCCCUUCUGUCUGCCAUCAGAAAAGAAUAUGAAAACACUUUAGCAUAUCAGCAGGAUCAUAUCCGAGAACUGGAACCGCUGCGAUCCAAUCUGAGGCUGGUGACAGAGGAAUGUGACAGGAAGAUUCAAGCUCGCUGGGUUGAGGAGCAAGCUGAGAUUGGAGCCUUGAAAAGGGAGAAAGAGCAGCUGCAGGAGGAAAUUGAGGCCAUGAGGGAGAAAGAAAAGACCAUGCAGGCAGUGGUGGACCAUCUGAAAUCUGAACUGUCCAACCAGUAUACGCAAUACAGGGAGGAGCGUGAUGCCCGCAAGUUGCUGAUCUGGCAGCUCAAUGACCUAACAAGAUGUUCUGUGAAGGAGGAGCAUCCUGCAGAUGAAAGGACAGAAGAGAAUAAGGACCCUGUGGAGCUGCAGCUUGCUCUGAAGGUGUGUCGGAAAGACCUGACCAAAGCCCAGGAGGAGCUCAGCAGGAUGAAGGCAGAGUACUGGGAUGUGGUACCUCGACGCAGUUGGGACAGCCUGGAACAAACGCACAAACAGACCCAGCAGCAGUUAGAGACCCUGCAGGGCGACUUUGAUCAGUUGAAGAGUGAAUAUGACAUCCUGCUGGAGCUCUUCAAAAGAAGCAGCAUGCAGACUGAGACACAUGACCCUGACACUGUGCAGGUGGGUGCGAGUGUGUCCCAGGAGCAAAGCCAGGUUCAGUCUGACCAACUAAAAGAGCCGCUCAAGUCUGAUGUCUCCGAGAGCGAUACACUCACUGUCCAGGAGUUUAGGGCAGCCCUGAGGACAGCAUUCCCCCUGAAGUCAGAUCAGGAAAUAGAUGAACUUGUGGCCUCGGCUCAAAGUGAAUCAGACAGCAGCAAUGACACCAUCUCCUCCCAGAGACUCUGCAACCUACUUGCAGAGUCCGGUGUGGCAGCCUUGCCUCCUGCUUUUGAUGAAUCAGAAGAAUCUGCUUUAUCAAACUUUUAAACCCCUCGCCA